CGGCGCCGGGCAUGGGCUGGGGACGCGGCGGCCCCACGGCUGGGGCGGCGGGCGGCGGGGGCGGAGGCGGCCGCUAGCUCCGGGUCGGGUGCCGCCUCCCUCGGCGCGCUCGCUCGGCGGACCGACAGGCGACGGACCGGCCCAGGCCAGUUAAAGGCCCUGCCUCCUCUGCGAAGCAACAGUUUGUGGCAAGACAAGCUCAGUACCAAGACGCUGUCAUUACAGUUUCACUGGUGCCUUCUCUCUCCUCCCAGGGGGUUGGUGCAGCGCUGGGACCUGGCACCACGAGCUACCCAGGAUGGUGGACACAGAAAGCCCGAUCUGCCCCCUCUUCCCACUGGAGACCGAUGACCUGGGAAGCCCGUUAUCUGAAGAAUUCCUGCAGGAAAUGGGAAACAUCCAAGAAAUCUCUCCGUCCAUGGGCGAGGACAGUUCUGGCAGCUUCAGUUUCACAGACUACCAGCACUUAGGGAGCGGCCCUGGGUCAGAUGGGUCCGUCAUCACAGACACCCUGUCACCAGCUUCGAGCCCCUCAUCGGUCACUUAUCCUGGGGUCCCCGGGAGCGCAGACGACUCCGCCAGCACAGCACUGAACAUCGAAUGCAGGAUCUGUGGGGACAAGGCCUCAGGCUACCAUUACGGGGUUCACGCGUGUGAAGGCUGCAAGGGCUUCUUCCGGCGCACGAUCCGGCUGAAGCUGGUCUACGACAAGUGCGAGCGGAGCUGCAAGAUCCAGAAGAAGAACCGGAACAAGUGCCAGUACUGCCGUUUUCACAAGUGCCUUUCCGUUGGGAUGUCCCAUAACGCUAUUCGUUUUGGUCGCAUGCCAAGGUCUGAAAAAGCAAAAUUAAAAGCAGAAAUCCUUACGUGUGAGCAUGACAUAGAAGAUUCUGAAACGGCAGACCUCAAGUCCCUCGCCAAGAGGAUCUAUGAGGCCUACCUGAAGAACUUCAACAUGAACAAGGUCAAGGCCCGGGUCAUCCUCGCGGGGAAGGCCAGCAACAACCCGCCUUUCGUCAUCCACGACAUGGAGACGUUGUGUAUGGCCGAGAAGACGCUGGUGGCCAAGCUGGUGGCCAACGGCAUCCAGAACAAGGAGGCGGAAGUCCGCAUCUACCACUGCUGCCAGUGCACGUCCGUGGAGACCGUCACGGAGCUCACGGAGUUCGCCAAGUCCAUCCCCGGCUUCGCCAGCUUGGACCUGAAUGACCAGGUCACGCUGCUGAAGUACGGCGUCUACGAGGCCAUCUUCACCAUGCUGUCCUCCGUCAUGAACAAGGACGGGAUGCUGGUCGCUUACGGCAACGGCUUCAUCACGCGCGAGUUCCUGAAGAGCCUCCGGAAGCCCUUCUGCGACAUCAUGGAGCCCAAGUUCGACUUCGCCAUGAAGUUCAAUGCGCUGGAGCUGGACGACAGCGACAUUUCCCUCUUCGUGGCUGCGAUCAUCUGCUGUGGAGACCGCCCUGGCCUGCUAAACGUCGGACAGAUUGAGAAAAUGCAGGAGGGGAUCGUGCAUGUGCUCAAACUCCACCUGCAGAGCAACCACCCGGACGACGCCUUCCUUUUCCCCAAGCUCCUGCAGAAGAUGGCAGACCUGCGGCAGCUGGUCACCGAGCACGCGCAGCUGGUGCAGGUCAUCAAGAGGACCGAGUCGGACGCCGCGCUGCACCCGCUGCUGCAGGAGAUCUACCGGGACAUGUACUGAGCUCCCUUGAGCAAGCGAGGGGCAGGGAGCACCCCGGGACUCCUGGAGGUGGCGGCACUGCCGAGGAGGAACGGGAUCAAGGCCACUUUGCACAGAUGUCCCCGCCGGACCCUGAGAACCUGACGUGUGCACUCUAGGUAACCACGACCCCAUUCCACACUGGCUGCCUUUUUACCGAGCGCGUGCAGAAUCGGGGCGUGGAGAACUUGGAGGGCGAUGCUCGGCUGUCUGAGUCGAAGCGGUGCAGUCUGGUGCUGAUCGAUGCAGUUUUGUUAAAAUCAGGGCAGUGACUCACCACUGGUACCUGGCGACCUCGGAGCCGAGAUCCAUCUCCCCAGGUACCAGUGUUGACUCCUGGGCUCCUUUGUAACGUUGGAAACUAAUCAGCACUUUUUAACUUUUGUAAUACCGUAUAUCUAGAUGUAACCAAAGGUUAGGCAUUUUAAGAGCGGCUAAGUAUUUAUUCAGAAGACUUCGAUUCUGCUCCCUGAAAUCGAAGAGCAACAGCAUGCAGUUUUUUAAUCACAGACGUUGGGAUUCAAAAGGAUCAUCUGAUAAGCUCUGGAAGCGGGGCCGCCCGCAUUGCGUGGGCUGCCCGGGUGCACGGCUGUAGCUAGGCCGUGGGGAGGCCUGCGCCGGCUCCUGUAGAAGGUCCCGGGAAACCGCGUCUCCGCCGCCCUCCGCUCUGGCUCAUGGCCCCAGUAAAGCUGGUGUUGGUGAGCAGGACGGGGAUGGACUCGGAAGUGCCUCCGCGUCCCAGCCCUCCCACCUGCUCCCUCUCAGAGCUGGGCCGUUGGCAUUUGGC